CCCAUCGAACAGGCAAGAAGACUGGGAGUACAUCAUCGGAUUCUGUGACCAGAUCAACAAGGAACUUGAAGGGCCACAGAUAGCUGUGAGACUCCUGGCUCAUAAAAUCCAGUCGCCACAGGAAUGGGAGGCAGUCCAGGCCUUGACAGUGCUGGAAGCUUGUAUGAAGAACUGUGGGAGAAGAUUUCAUAACGAAGUAGGGAAGUUUCGCUUUUUAAACGAGUUAAUAAAAGUUGUGUCUCCCAAGUACCUGGGAGACCGAGUCUCAGAGAAGGUAAAGACCAAAGUCAUUGAAUUGCUGUAUAGCUGGACAGUGGCAUUGCCAGAAGAAUCCAAAAUCAAGGAUGCCUACUACAUGCUGAAGCGACAAGGGAUCGUUAUGUUUGAUCCUGUGAUUCCUGCAGACAGAACCCUGAUUCCUUCUCCACCGCCUCGUCCCAAAAACCCCGUGUUUGAUGAUGAGGAGAAAUCCAAGCUUCUCGCCAAACUACUGAAAAGCAAAAACCCAGAUGAUUUACAAGAGGCCAACAAACUUAUAAAAUCCAUGGUAAAAGAGGACGAGGCUCGGAUUCAAAAAGUGACCAAGCGCAUGCACACGCUGGAGGAAGUCAAUAACAACGUGAAGCUGCUGAACGAGAUGCUGGUUCAUUACAGCAGAGAGGACUCAUCAGAGGCUGACCGGGAGCUCAUGAAGGAGCUCUAUGAAAGGUGCGAAACCAAAAGACGGACAUUAUUCAAGCUGGCCAGUGAGACAGAGGAUAAUGACAGCAGUUUGGGGGAUAUUCUGCAGGCCAGUGACAAUUUAUCCCGGGUGAUAAACUCCUACAAAAAGAUAAUAGAGGGGCAAGUCAUCAAUGGUGAAGUGGAUCUCCCUGUGAUGCCUGUAGUGGAAGGGAGUAACUCCACGAGUAAUCUCAACACCCUCAUUGACCUUGCUGGAUUGGACGUCACCAGCACCCCGCCACCUCCAGUGCCAGCCCCCACGGUAGCUCCAGCCGAAAUCCCCAUUCUCCCGCCUCCUCCCCAGACGCUCACGCAGUUGCGGAGCGGUUCCUGUAGCCAAGCGGAAGCCGCAGCCGCUCCGCAAAGCAGCACGGCCAGCUCCCUCUCCUUGCUGGAUGAGGAGCUUCUGUGUUUAGGCCUGAACGACCCAGCUCCUGCCGCCGUGAAGGAGACAGCAGAAAACAGCCAAUGGAGCAUGUUUGAGAAUGACCAGUUGGACCUGGAUUUCUUUAAUCCGAAGAUGGUGACUGUUGCUUGCAACCCUGCAGGAAACCCUCUUCUCCAUCACGCAUCACAGACCACGUGUGGAACGUCAGUGCCCUCUGCUUUCACAGCCUCUCAGACCGCUCCCAGCAUCCCAGCACCACACUCCGCACCGUUUGUAUUCUCUGCUGGACCGGCCGCCCCUGCAGGGCCUCCUAAGGCUAUUCCAGCUGCUCCUGCAUACUUCAGCUCACCUGUGGGGAGCAAUAUGGCACAUAAGAUGGAUGCACUGGGACAACUCCUAGAAGAUGCCAAAGUCGCUGCCCCGUUGAUAGCACCCACAGGGCUGCCAGCCACUGCCCCUGCAGCCCCUCCAGUUCCUCUCCCAAGCAGCUGCACUGCUGGCUCCGGAAGUCCUCUCUUCCAGCCAGCAUCAUUCCAGCAGCAAGGCAGCCCCAUGAAAGCACCUGAAAUUUCUUUGGCCAAUGUCCACGUUCCUUUGGAAUCCAUUAAACCCAGCAGUGCCCUCCCGGUGACAGCCUAUGACAAGAACGGCUUCCGGAUCCUCCUGCACUUUGCCAGGGAGUGCCCCCCAGGAAGGUCGGAUGUGCUCGUGGUGGUCGUCUCGAUGCUGAACACGGCACCGCUUCCCGUGAAGAACAUCGUGCUGCAGGCUGCUGUGCCGAAGUCCAUGAAAGUGAAGUUACAGCCGCCCUCUGGCACAGAGCUGUCUCCGUUCAAUCCCAUCCAGCCGCCUGCUGCCAUCACCCAGGUCAUGCUUCUGGCAAACCCUGCGAAGGAGAAAGUGCGGCUGAGAUACAGACUGACCUUCACCCUGGGAGACCAGCCCAGCACAGAGGUUGGGGAGGUGGAUCAGUUUCCCCCGGUCGAGCAGUGGGGGAACCUAUGACCUUAGGACACUGCCAGAGACUGUGACAGGACCAGAGAGGAUCCCGCAGGACUGGAAUGAAUGUGACGUGGCGAGGGACACGCGCGCUAUCCACUGGUGACGUUCAGCUUUGUUUACAUGUCCUGACCACUCUGCUUGUAGCUUUAGUCCAGAAUGUUUUGCCCCACAUUGACGGGGUCCUGGGACAUUUAUGCCAAGCAUGAACUGAGUGGCAGCCGGUGAGAGGCAGCGCUGGCUGCUUUUAUCUCGACCUCUGGGUGAAUCUGGUUCUAUCUUCCACUCCAUUAAACUUGAAGUUGUAUUUUGAGGGCAGAGCUGUCAGCAGGAGGGGAUUUGUUGGCUUGUUCCGGUACUGCUGUCCGGAGAUACCUACAGGCCGGUGGGGUAAUGAUGCCACCACGAGCUUCCUCAGUGCAGAGCCCUCACACGUCGCCCUCCUCAGACUCUGACCUCCUCA